UAUCACCGAUAGACGGCACUGCAAUGUUGUUAAGGCCGCCAUAUUUGAUGUUUUGAUGCCUUCGAAAAAGUCUACCUUUUGAAAUCUGCAGUUAUUUGAAUUAUAACAAUGUCUGAAACGGCAGUUGAAGAAACACCAGUAUCAACAGCAAGCAAUACAUAUAUAAUUCGUCCUAAUUUUCAAAAUAAAUUUAGACCAAUAAUAGUAAAAGAAACAAUUCACACAGUAUUGAAUGAUAGAUUGUCUGGUAAAGUUUAUGAUGUAGAUGAAACAACAGACUUAUGUAGAAUUAUAUCAGAUGAAAUCAAAAUAAAAUUAAAAGAUUUAGGUUAUGACAGAUAUAAAUUUGUAGUUCAAGUAGUCAUUGGGGAACAAAAAGGAGAAGGUGUCAAAAUGGGAUGUCGAUGUUUCUGGGAUUCUGAUACUGAUAACUAUGCACAAGAUAUAUUUAUGAAUGAUUCUUUAUUCUGUGUGGCAGCAGCAUUUGGAUGUUUUUAUUAUUGACAGUGUAUCAUUAUUUUGUUGGGGUCAUUAACAUUAAAAUCAUCUUCACCAACGAUACUACACCUAUGAAUAGUGACUGAGACCACCUGUUAAAGAAUUAUGUUGUUAAGAGAAAGUUUACAUUGUAAUUUACUUACUAAGUUGAAAGGAUAGCUUCAUGAACAUACUCAAACUGUGAUAUAAAUUAUAAUGAACUUGAAUGUACUUUGUUGACAUGGAAUGGAAAUAUCUAUUAAAAUAUAUUAUUGAU